UGCCGCCGCUAAAAAUACACGACACCGAAUGUGAGUGAGAUCCUGGGUCACUCAAAGUCACGCUUUCACAGGGGCAUGAACACAGGAAGCAGCAAGCCCAACAGAGCCCAGGCAGAAUGAAGACCUUGCGGUUCAUGUGUGCCCAAGCCCUGGUAUCCAAUGCCCAGAUCGCAAAGAGAAGUAUCGCCUCGGCUGCGCACAACCUGUACCCUCUGCUCUUCAAAGCGAGCUACAUGCUGGAGCAAGCCACGCUCAUUCACGACUUGGUGGAAAGGUGGCCGUUGGCAGAAUUCAGCAUCAGGAAACUCCUGGGGAAAACCCCAGACUGCGAGGACGAUUUGUGCAGCAGGACAUGCCUGCUCUGCCUGCAAGCGUGCGUGUCAGGGCUGAAGAGUUACGUGUUGCACACCUCAGACACAUAUCUAAAGAGGCUGAAAGUGUUUGAUCUCACGGGCCUUGUAGACAGGGAAUCUCAGCCCUGCAAGUGUGGCAAAACCUUAGGGAGGUGGGGGAGAACGGAGUUGAUGGCACGGACCUGCUUUAACCUGCAGGUCGAGGUAGAGGCAUGUCAGCUCGGAAGCCUGGUGUCAGAUAUUUCCGUUGAGGUUUUGCUCAGCCUGUUUGUGACGCAGAGGAACUAUGAAACAGUGGUUGAGGCCUUGCUGUUGAGGAAGCAGUGCCCACUGAAGAUCCAUUGCGUGGAGUUCAGGGCCGACAGUUUGUCUCUGAGGAACUUCUUCUACAUCAUCAAUCUGGUCAGGCCUGAGACACUGCAGAAGUUGGAAUUAGUCCACAACGUCCACCUGGAAAUGGAGCAUUUUGAACUCCUCUUGACCCAAGUUGCAUUCCCGCAGCUCAGAUCGCUGACACUCCCGACAAGAACCUUUGACGUACGUGGAAUCACACAAGAGGCUGAACUUAUGUUGGUGAGAAUCGGCGAAUUGUUAAGUGGGAUGAAAUUUCUUACAGAACUGAGCCUGUCUUUUUCCAUUCUAACUGGACGAAUACGCAAGAUACUCAGUCCUUUAAAAACUCCUCUGCAGGUCCUGGAUGUGUCCAGUUGCUGUCUAAAUCACGCAGACAUGGCUUACCUGGCCAACAGCCUGCAUGCUGACCACCUGGAACAGCUGGACCUGAGUGGCCAUAACGUGGCUGACCUUUUCCCUUCGACCUUCUUCAAGCUGCUGACCCGAGCAUCCGGCACUCUCAGGAGACUAACCCUGGAGGAGUGUAACAUCGGUGACGAGCACAUCAACCUGUUGAUGCUGGCCGUGGAGCCGUGUAAACGGCUAACAGAGUUCAGCUUCCUGGGUAACCCCCUCACGUCAGGGUGCCUUCGUCGCAUGUUUGAAGUGUUCACAGAACUCCCUGCCCUUUGCAAAGUCGAGCUUCCAGUCCCCCGGGACUGCUAUCCUGCAUCCUGCACUUACCCAAUCACGGAUGAGAACCUGGUGAAAUAUGACCAGGGGAAAUUCGAGGAGAUGAAUCAGGAGUGGAUGGCGAUACUGGUAGAGGCAGACCGAAGUGAUAUCGUUGUAUCAACUCCAAUCUUUGGCAGUUUCGAUGCCAACAUUCAAGAAACCAGCAAUGAAAUUGGCGUGGUAAUGCUUCAGUCAUUCAAAGAUGCUAUUUCCAACAUUUUAACUGCUUUGAAUGAUGUGGAUUAAUACAAAAGAGGUUCGGAGAGAGUAAAAUAUGUUUUUUUUGUUGUCAUUUUUUAACCGAGGGGAGAAGAGAUUUUUUCUUUUAUGAAACAAGUUAAAAACUGAAGUACAGUGGCUGAAAUGUUGUUGAACGUACUUGCAGUGAUUACUCCCAGAAAGGUAUGGAUAUAUUUGAACAGGGAAAAAAAAUACUGGAAUAUAAAAGCAGAGGGUAGUUCACUGUAUGAUCAAUAAUCUUCUCUCUACUCUGGUCCCUCACUAACAGCACUGAAACUGAAAACCACACAGAAGUGAAGAUAGCAGUCGCUAACUUUUUGGGUGGUCUCUCAUUCACUAAUGAAAGAAUAAAUCAGUCAGACCUUUAUCCUUACUUGUCAUUGUUAAUGUCUGUUGGAGAUAAUGGUCUCUGUCAGUGGUUAACUAGAAUGCAUUAUUUCUCUUUGUAUCCUUUCUGGUGCAAUACUAGGAUACUGGAGAUGAAAUGAAAGACUGAUUGGGCAACUGAAUUGCUGGAAUUGGGUCAGAUAACCUCUCUGCGGCCAACAAACCUAAGUAGGUCACCCGGUCUACAGUAUACCAGUGAUGUAAAAUAUUAGGCUGAAAAAAUGAUCGUGCAACAACUUAUAAAAUAAUGGCCAACCCUUGGCCUUCCUGUGUCUUGCAUGAUUUUCUAACACUAAUCCCAAAACACUUUAUGUUAACCAACAUCCAUUUGAAUACCACAUGAAGUCCAAAGUGACUAGGAAUUACUGUCUUCCUAGGACUCCCAGGACUGUAUAUUGCACUAAGCAUUGUUCCCUUUAUCAUGUAUCUGUACACUGUGGAUGGCUCGAUUGUAAUCAUGUAUAGUCUUUCCACUGAUUGGUUAGCAUGCAACCAAAGUUUUUCCCUGUACAUCAGUACACGUGACAAUAAACGCAACUCAACGUUGUGUGAACUGGACAACAUAGUGUAACUCAUCAAUCGUUGUAUCGAAUACACAAGAUAUUAAAAACCUUGCUGCUGUUUUCCAUGGUUUUCACGUGCUCUUACUUUUAGUGUUCAAUGUUUUCAUAGCUUUUCUUCCUUUCUGAUUAUAGAGAUAAAUGAUGGCAA